UGUCAACACCUUCCGCAGUCAAGAAAGCUGAGAGAGCCACAUGGAUACAUCUAACACAUUGUAAACAAGUAAGCCUGCCUUAAAGCCGAAUUAGGGUACUCUGACUCCGUUACGGAUGGGCGGGCGGACGGAUACGGACGGAUACGAUAGACUAGAAAGAGACAGAGGAAAGGAGCUGUUUUCCUCUACAGCUUUUAGUUUGAGGAGGUCCUUCAGAAUGAACAGACACACUCAGCCUCAGUUUCAUGCUUGGGCAAUGACAUCUACUUAUAUCCCCAAAAAAUGGGUCAUCAUUUUUCUUCUAUCUUUGUUUUUUCUUGUAUUCUACACAAGCAAGAUUGAAUGGACAAAGACUUCAGAUUCAUCUCAGAAAUCACCAGCUGUCCACUCUGCAAGGGAAAACAGUACUAAUGAAAAAGAUACCAUUCUCCUCAUCUGGUUUUGGCCUUUCAAGAGGAAAUUUGACCUGAACUCUUGCGAAUCAGAAUUUCACAUCAAAGACUGCCAACUCACCGAUGACAGACGUCUGUACUCCAGCGCUGAUGGAGUACUCGUCGAUCACAGAGAUAUUGCUAGGGAUCUGUCAAAUCUACCCAAACUGCCACGCCCGUUCUUCCAAAAAUGGAUAUGGAUGCUCUUUGAGUCUCCUCAGAAUGCACAAAGAGUUCCAGGGCUGGACAACUUGUUCAACGUUACGAUGAACUACCGGCAGGAUGCUGAUAUUGUCAUGCGUGAGCAGCUGGAGCUGAAACCCCAAGAAACUGAGGAGCCACUAAAAAAUAAAUCUAAAACGGUUUGCUGGGUUGUAAGCAACUGGAAUGAGAAUCAUGCACGAGUGAAAUAUUUUAAUGAACUUAAAAAGCACAUUGCUGUUGAGCAGUUUGGCAGUCAUUUUCAACGUAAGCUUAGUAAAGAGGAGUAUACACAGACGAUGGAAAGCUGUAAGUUCUACCUUUCAUUUGAGAAUACACAUGAAUGUUCUGACCACACAGCAAUUGACUACAUAACUGAGAAACUAUACAAUCCACUCCGUUUGGGAGCAGUACCUGUGGUUUUAGGGCCACCUAGACAUUCAUAUGAGAAGUUCAUACCCAAAGAUAGCUUCAUUCACGUGGAUGACUUCAAUAGCCCAAAAGAGCUGGCGGACUAUUUACACAUGCUGGAUCAGAAUGAAGAUAAGUAUCACCAGUUCUUCAGUUGGCAAAAACACUUCAGAGUGACUAAAGUCAACUUUCCACUGGAGCACGCAUGCCGGGCAUGUCAGUAUAUCCAAAACAAGAAAAGCUUUCAAGUUUUCACUAAUCUCAACAAAUGGUACUGGGACUAUUUAUUAUGAUGUUAUUAUGAUGUGUGACUUGAUGUUAUUACUGCUUAAGAAAUUCUGUUACAGUUGCAAUAAAUCAUUCUAACACAGACCCAAAUCCACACAACACCUAGAUUAUUGUGCUAUAAAUAUUUAUGAUCAGAAAAAUGUCUGUAAAUAUUGGAAAUUAAUAAAAAAAACAGACAAACUUGUCACCAUUAAA